AUGGCCGACGUUCCGCUGCAGGUUAUCUCUGAUAACUCAUCGUCCGAACGCCGAAUCACCCCGUCAUGGUCCAUCAGCCAGCUCAAGGGCAAGCUCGAGUUUGUCACCGGAGUGCCGCCGUCGUAUCAGAGGCUGUCGCUCAAGACCGCUAACCAGGCCGCCAUUCCAAUCGAGGCUGCUGAUGAGGACAAUGUCUAUCUAACCAGCUUUCCCCUGUCACCAUAUGCGGAAUUGCACGUAUCUGAUUCUAGACCCGCAGGUGCGCGUCCCAAUUAUACUGACACCUCCAAUGUCGAAAAGUACGUCAUGCCGGAGGAUGAGUAUGAGAAGAAGACAGACUCCGUACUUGCCUGGAAGAAGGCUGAGAAGCUAGGACGCUUCAAUCCGGAUGCUCCCAGUCUGGAACAGGCCAAGGUCAACGCCUUUGCCCAGGAGGUUGAGGGCCGUGGGCUUGCGGUAGGCAAGAGAUGCCGCGUCGGUGGUGACGAUUCCCGCAGGGGCAUCAUCAAGUAUAUUGGUGAGGUCAAGGAGAUCCCCGGCGGUCUAGGUGCCUGGGUAGGUGUCCAUCUUGAUGAGCCGGUGGGAAAGAAUGAUGGCAGCAUAAGUGGCACCCGAUACUGGGGGCAGGAAUCCAUCCCCAAACAUGGUGUCAUUGUCCGUCCUGAGCGAGUCGAGGCCGGCGAUUUCCCUGUCCUGGACGAUCUGGAGGACAUGGAGGAAAUAUGA